AUGCCUCUAAUAUGUGCCUACUACAACUGCUGCAUGCAGGGCAAACGUCAGCGCAUGAUAAAAAUACAUAAAACGAAUCAAGGCCGUUCGGACAGACAGCCUGGAGCAAACGGCGGCGGAGGCCCGGGAUCACAACAGGCCAAUCAACAGGCGGGAGGAAGCGGCCCCAACCAGGGCCGUUCGGACAGACAGCCUGGAGCUAACGGCGGUGGAGGCCCGGGAUCACAGCAGGCCAAUCAACAGGCGGGAGGAAGCGGCCCCAACCAGGGCCGUUCGGACAGACAGCCUGGAGCAAACGGCAGCGGAGGCCCGGGAUCACAACAGGCCAAUCAACAGGCGGGAGGAAGCGGCCCCAACCAGGGCCGUUCGGACAGACAGCCUGGAGCAAACGGCGGCGGAGGCCCGGGAUCACAACAGGCCAAUCAACAGGCGGGAGGAAGCGGCCCCAACCAGGGCCGUUCGGACAGACAGCCUGGAGCAAACGGCGGCGGAGGCCCGGGAUCACAACAGGCCAAUCAACAGGCGGGAGGAAGCGGCCCCAACCAGGGCCGUUCGGACAGACAGCCUGGAGCUAACGGCGGUGGAGGCCCGGGAUCACAACAGGCCAAUCAACAGGCGGGAGGAAGCGGCCCCAACCAGGGCCGUUCGGACAGACAGCCUGGAGCAAACGGCGGCGGAGGUCCGGGAUCACAACAGGCCAAUCAACAGGCGGGAGGAAGCGGCCCCAACCAGGGCCGUUCGGACAGACAGCCUGGAGCAAACGGCGGCGGAGGCCCGGGAUCACAACAGGCCAAUCAACAGGCGGGAGGAAGCGGCCCCAACCAGGGCCGUUCGGACAGACAGCCUGGAGCAAACGGCGGCGGAGGCCCGGGAUCACAACAGGCCAAUCAACAGGCGGGAGGAAGCGGCACCAACCAGGGCCGUUCGGACAGACAGCCUGGAGCUAACGGCGGUGGAGGCCCGGGAUCACAACAGGCCAAUCAACAGGCAGGAGGAAGCGGCCCUAUCCGGGGCCGUUCGGACAGACAGCCUGGAGCAAACGGCGGCGGAGGCCCGGGAUCACAACAGGCCAAUCAACAGGCGGGAGAAAGCGGCCCCAACCAGGGCCGUUCGGACAGACAGCCUGGAGCAAACGGCGGCGGAGGCCCGGGAUCACAACAGGCCAAUCAACAGGCAGGAGGAAGCGGCCCUAUCCGGGGCCGUUCGGACAGACAGCCUGGAGCUAACGGCGGUGGAGGCCCGGGAUCACAACAGGCCAAUCAACAGGCGGGAGGAAGCGGCCCCAACCAGGGCCGUUCGGACAGACAGCCUGGAGCAAACGGCGGCGGAGGCCCGGGAUCACAACAGGCCAAUCAACAGGCGGGAGGAAGCGGCCCCAACCAGGGCCGUUCGGACAGACAGCCUGGAGCAAACGGCGGCGGAGGCCCGGGAUCACAACAGGGCAAUCAACAGGCGGGAGGAAGCGGCCCCAACCAGGGCCGUUCGGACAGACAGCCUGGAGCAAACGGUGCCAGAGGCCCGGGAUCACAACAGGGCAAUCAACAGGCGGGAGGAAGCGGCCCCAACCAGGGCCGUUCGGACAGACAGCCUGGAGCAAACGGUGCCAGGGGACCGGGAUCACAACAGGCCAAUCAACAAGCAGGAGGAAGCGGCCCCAACCAGGGACGUUCGGACCGACAGCCUGGAGCAAACGGCGGCGGAGGCCCGGGAUCACAACAGGGUAAUCAACAGGGUAAUCAACAGGCGGGAGGAAGCGGCCCCAACCAGGGCCGUUCGGACAGACAGCCUGGAGCAAACGGUGCCAGAGGCCCGGGAUCACAACAGGCCAAUCAACAGGCAGGAGGAAGCGGACCCAACCAGGGCCGUUCGGACAGACAGCCUGGAGCAAACGGCGGCGGAGGCCCGGGAUCACAACAGGCCAAUCAACAGGCAGGAGGAAGCGGACCCAACCAGGGCCGUUCGGACAGACAGCCUGGAGCAAACGGAGGCAAAGGCCCGGGAUCACAACAGGCCAAUCAACAGGCAGGAGGAAGCGGACCCAACCAGGGCCGUUCGGACAGACAGCCUGGGACAAACGGAGGCGGAGGGCCGGGAUCACAACAGGGCAAUCAACAGGCGGGAGGAAGCGGCCCCAACCAGGGCCGUUCGGACAGACAGCCUGGAGCAAACGGUGCCAGAGGCCCGGGAUCACAACAGGCCAAUCAACAGGCUGGAGGAAGCGGCCCCAACCAGGGACGUUCGGACAGACAGCCUGGAGCAAACGGUGCCAGAGGCCCGGGAUCACAACAGGCCAAUCAGCAGGCAGGAGGAAGCGGACCCAACCAGGGCCGUUCGGACAGACAGCCUGGAGCAAACGGAGGCAAAGGCCCGGGAUCACAACAGGCCAAUCAACAGGCAGGAGGAAGCGGACCCAACCAGGGCCGUUCGGACAGACAGCCUGGGACAAACGGAGGCGGAGGGCCGGGAUCACAACAGGGCAAUCAACAGGCGGGAGGAAGCGGCCCCAACCAGGGCCGUUCGGACAGACAGCCUGGAGCAAACGGUGCCAGAGGCCCGGGAUCACAACAGGCCAAUCAACAGGCUGGAGGAAGCGGCCCCAACCAGGGACGUUCGGACAGACAGCCUGGAGCAAACGGUGCCAGAGGCCCGGGAUCACAACAGGCCAAUCAGCAGGCAGGAGGAAGCGGACCCAACCAGGGCCGUUCGGACAGACAGCCUGGAGCAAAUGGUGGCGGAGGCUCGGGAUCACAACAGGGCAAUCAACAGGCGGGAGGAAGCGGCCCCAACCAGGGUCGUUCGGACAGACAGCCUACAUCAAACGGCGGCGGAGGACCGGGAUCACAACAGGCCAACCAACAGGCAGGAGGAAGCCGCCCCAACCAGGGCCGUUCGGACAGACAGCCUGGAGCAAACGGCGGCAAAGGCCCGGGAUCACAACAGGCACAUCAACAGGCAGGAGGAAGCGGCCCCAACCAGGGCCGUUCAGACAGACAGCCUGGGGCAAACGCUGGCGGGGGCUGGGUAUCAGCAUGGUGGCGUUAGCAAUGAUGAGGAAAGAACCGCAGCUCAUGCGCUGCCUGGGCACACGUAUGAUGAAACAACACAAGGAACGCUUUCGGGUUUAAUUUUUCUCACACGAAGUCGAGCGGAGUACAAGCGCGAGCUGAGUACUGGAAUCAUUAUGAGAGACGAAGCGGUGGUGGAUAUGUCGCUCUUCUUUAUGCAGACAAAUAGUCAUCUUUGGUUUGGGCUUGCUCACCUCAACAAAGUAACAUGUUUACUCACUUCUGUGUAUUGUCCUAAAAGAAAGCAUAUAAUUCAGGCCUCUUUUUUUGCGUGAGCACACGUUUAAUCAGGAUAGAAAUGUAUUCAUAGUAACCCCGACACAAUAAUAAAAAAACGGACAUAA